UCGCAACGGGUUUGCCGCCAGAACACAGGUGUUGUGAAAAGCAUCGCUAAACCUCCACAAAAAUGGGCAAUGAAAAGACUCACAUUAACAUUGUCGUCAUUGGACAUGUAGACUCUGGCAAGUCCACCACUACUGGUCACCUCAUCUACAAAUGUGGUGGAAUUGAUAAGAGAACCAUUGAGAAAUUCGAGAAGGAGGCUGCUGAGAUGGGAAAGGGCUCCUUCAAAUAUGCCUGGGUCUUGGAUAAACUGAAGGCUGAAUGUGAGAAUGGUAUCACUAUUGAUAUCUCCCUGUGGAAAUUUGAGACCAGCAAAUACUAUGUGACUAUUAUUGAUGCUCCGGGACACAGAGACUUUAUCAAGAACAUGAUUACAGGCACAUCUCAGGCUGACUGUGCUGUCCUGAUUGUUGCUGCUGGUGUUGGUGAAUUUGAAGCUGGUAUCUCAAAGAAUGGGCAGACCCGUGAGCAUGCCCUUCUGGCCUACACACUAGGUGUGAAACAACUGAUUGUUGGUGUAAACAAAAUGGAUUCCACCGAGCCCCCCUACAGCCAGAAGAGAUACGAGGAAAUUGUCAAGGAAGUCAGUACCUAUAUCAAGAAAAUUGGCUACAACCCUGAUACAGUAGCUUUUGUGCCAAUUUCAGGAUGGAAUGGUGACAACAUGCUAGAGCCAAGCUCUAAUAUGCCUUGGUUUAAGGGAUGGAAAGUCACCCGUAAGGAUGGAAAUGCUAAUGGAACUACACUGCUUGAAGCUUUGGAUUGCAUCCUACCACCAACUCGUCCAACUGAUAAGUCCCUUCGUCUACCCCUUCAAGAUGUCUACAAGAUUGGUGGUAUUGGUACUGUACCUGUUGGCCGUGUGGAAACUGGUGUUCUGAAACCAGGCAUGGUGGUCACCUUUGCUCCAGUCAAUGUUACAACUGAAGUAAAGUCUGUUGAAAUGCACCAUGAAGCUUUGAGUGAGGCUCUGCCUGGGGAUAAUGUUGGUUUCAAUGUCAAGAACGUGUCUGUCAAAGAUGUCCGCCGUGGUAAUGUGGCUGGUGAUAGCUGGUGA